AUGGCAGCAGGGCUCCGGGCAUGGCUGGGCACGGACUACCCUUGCCGCUGUUUGCGGGGCUGGUAUCUAACCCCGGGGUUUACGGGAGCGCGGCUGGCCCAUGCCGGGGCUGCAUCCCUGCUGCAGCGGGAGUACGAUGCAGUGGUGAUCGGGGCAGGACACAACGGGCUGGUGGCAGCUGCCUACCUGCAGCGGGCAGGGGUGCGCACGGUUGUGCUGGAGAAACGCCAUGUGCUGGGUGGUGCAGCUGUCACAGAGGAAAUUGUGCCAGGCUUCAAGUUCUCCCGCGCCUCGUACCUGCUCAGCCUGCUGCGGCCACAGAUCUACACUGAGCUGGAGCUACAGCGGCAUGGUCUGAGGGUGCUCCCACGGGACCCCUACUCCUUCACCCCACUACUAGAGCACAAGAGCUCACCUCGCUCCCUCCUGCUGGGACAUGAUAUGGCCCAGACCCAGCAGCAGAUUGCCCAGUUCUCCCAGAAGGAUGCCCAGGCUUACCCUGAAUAUGAAGCGUUCAUGGGACGCUUGGUGUCAGCCCUGGACCCAUUGCUGGAUGUCCCCCCAGUGGAUACAGCUGCCCUGAGGCAGGGCUCCCUGCUGCAGCGGCUCAGGGCCCUGCGAGCCCUGCAGCCCCUGCUGCAGGCAGGGUGGAUGCUGGGUUGGCAACUGCCCCACUAUUACGAGGUGCUCACAGCCCCCAUCUCCAAGAUCCUGGAUCAGUGGUUUGAGUCAGAGCCCCUGAAGGCAACUCUGGCUACUGACGCAGUGAUUGGAGCCAUGGCCAGUCCCUACACUCCUGGCAGUGGGUAUGUGCUGUUACACCAUGUGAUGGGUGAGCUGGAGGGACAGCAAGGUGCCUGGGGCUAUGUGGCCGGUGGGAUGGGGGCCCUGUCCCAAGCCAUCGCCUGUGCAGCAACUGCCCUGGGAGCCCACAUUUUUGCUGAGAAGACAGUGUGCCAUGUGCUGCUGGGCAGGGACGGGCAAGCACAGGGCAUUGCUCUGCAGGAUGGGACAGAGGUGAGGAGUAAACUGGUGCUGUCCAAUGCCUCCCCACAAAUCACCUUCCUGGAGCUUGUUCCCCAGGAGCAGCUGCCAAAAGAUUUUGUGCAGCGCAUACGGCAGGCUGACACAUGCUCCCCUGUCACCAAGAUCAACGUGGCAGUUGAUCGUUUGCCCAACUUUCUGGCUGCCCCCAAUGCCCGUGAUGGCCAGCCCCUGCCCCACCACCAGUGCUCCAUCCAUCUCAACUGCGAGGGCACCCAUCUCCUGCACCAGGCCUUCACUGAGGCCACCCAUGGGCACCCUUCCAGCAGGCCCAUGAUCGAGCUCUGCAUCCCCUCGGUACUGGACCCAGGGCUGGCCCCACAUGGCUGCCACGUUGUGUCCCUCUUCACCCAGUACACCCCCUCUGUACUGGCGGGUGGGCGGCCCUGGGAUGAGGAGGCCAGAAAUGCAUAUGCAGACACAGUGUUUGACUGCAUCGAAGACUAUGCCCCAGGGUUCAAGGCAUCUGUGGUAGGCAGGGACAUCCUGACACCACCAGAUCUAGAAAGGAUCUUUGGGCUGCCUGGUGGGAACAUCUUCCAUGGAGCAAUGUCUCUGGACCAGCUGUACUUUACCCGGCCAGCACCGUCCUACUCAUGCUACCGGUCCCCGAUUCCUGGCUUGUACCUAUGUGGAAGUGGAGCCCACCCUGGAGGAGGAGUGAUGGGAGCAGCAGGGCGCAAUGCUGCCCAAGUGGCCCUCGAGGACUUCAGGCGCCUGUGA